AUGACACUUAUUGGCCAUUCUACCUUCGGAAGUGGACUACCUGAUUCACACAAGCUGGCGUCUCACUCAUCUACCCUACGAGAAGGGAAGCGGGCUUGCGAUAUGGAUGACGAUGAAGCCCCACGUGCCAAAAGGAGAUUCGAAAAGAUCAAUGCGAAAUUCGAGAGGUUCAGCAUCUCGGGUGAUGACGAAGGCAAUAAGCAGCCUGAGAUGGAUACAUCUGACUCGGACGCUGAUGACGAUGAUCUUGCUGAUGAUGAAUGGUUUGCUAAUGAUGAGUUUACUGAUGAUAAACCAGCGCAAGUGAUAGUGGAGGAGCCAACCGAUGAACCGAAUCAGUUGCUUCUCAAUGACUGUCUACAACGCUACUUAGACCUCAUGAAGCAAACGAAUGGGAUUAGUAUACCAACGAGAGGCGUCAUUCGUGGUAAUGAGCUCAUGGUUUGGCGGCCUUUACCCGAAAAUCGAGAUCCAUUCGAUGAUCCGACUAUGAAAGGACGCAUCCAAGAAGUGGAUAGCACAGAUAGCACAUGUGAAGGUCCUACUUCCGAGUUCAUUGUGGAGGGUGGAGAUAGCGAAUCCGAGGCUGAUACCAUGUCUGCCCAGUUCGAUUCUCCUCAACCGAAUAAGUCACAAAUUGAAGAGCUGGUUGAACAGGACGACGAGUGCAUGGAAAUGGAGUGUGACUGA